AUUUGCCAGCAAAAUCUCAUAAAAUGGCAAUGUUCUAUAAGUUGUACAUGCUUAUAUCCUUUGUAUGAAAAUAAAGAAGUUAAAUAUGUUAUGUGACUCCGGCGUAACCGUAACCGCCAAAAACGGGUGGUGUGGCUAUUCGUUACCUUGGCCCAAUUCACAUUUUCAAAAAUUUAUUAUAGUUAUAAACAAACAUUAACAGUUUACCACCUUAAUUUCAGCAUCAGACAAAAGUGAGUAAAUACGAAGCGCACAACAACCGGAUUGUUAGUUCGUUUCGUUGACAUUCCGUGUCGGCUUUUCUAUGUGUCUUCCAGUAAUAUUUCCCGCUCGUUCGAGUGUGUAAUUAAAAAUAUUUCUUAUAAAACAGCGACUAAAUUAUCAUCAGAGAAUAUGAGAUGUUAGUGGUAUAAAGGAGUUUUUACAUCAGAUACAUCAUGAAUAUUGAUCAUCCUUUGAAGACUAAUGGAAGAUAUUAUAAAUAAUAUAUAUAACCCUGUUUCUAUUACAAAUCUAUGAAUAUGAGAUGUUAGUGGUAUAAAGGAGUUUUUACAUCAGAUACAUCAGGAAUAUUGAUCAUCACUUGAAGACUAAUGGAAGAUGUUAUAAAUAAUACAUAUAACCACGUUUAUAUAAUUUAUCUAUGGUGAAGAACUGUGAAAAAUUCCAUCUGAAUUAAUAGCAACAUUUGUUUCCAUCAUUGCCUGGAAUAUUUGCUAAAGUAUUUCCCAUUCAGUCUGAACUUGGAAAAAUCUGCAAAGGUGUUUCUAUUACCUUUAGAUAUUGACAAAGACCAGACUUGUGGAAAAUAUAACUAGAGAAUUAUUUGAAUCAACCAAGGAAUAUAUAAGAAGAACAGGAAAAUAUAUUUUGUGCUUGUAUACUAUAGAACAAUAAUGAAUCCUCAAGAGAUGACAAAAGAAAGAAAAAAGUUAUCACACCAAUGUGAUAUCUGUAAAAAGACUUUUUCUAAUAAGGGAAAUCUCACUGUUCACAAAUUCAUUCAUGCAGGGGGGAAACAAUAUCAUUGUGAUAUUUGUGGUAAAUCAAUCUCUCAGAAAAGUAACCUUACCUCUCACAAAUACAUUCAUACAAGAGAGAAACGGUAUCGCUGUGAUAUUUGUGGAAAGUCAUUCUUACAGAAGGUUCACCUUACUUCUCACAAAUACAGUCAUACAGGAGAGAAACCAUAUCGCUGUGAUAUUUGUGGUAAAUCAUUCUCUCAAACAAAUAGUCUUACUUACCACAAAUUCAGUCAUACAGGGGAGAAACCACAUCCCUGUGAUAUAUGUGGUAUAUCAUUCUCCCAGUUAGGUGACUUAACUAAACACAAAUACAUUCAUAAUGGAGAGAAACCUUAUCACUGUGAUAUCUGUGGAAAGUCAUUCUCCCAGAAAAUACAUCUGACUUCCCACAAAAAUGUUCAUACAGGAGAAAAUUCAUAUCACUGUGAUGUCUGUGGUAAAUCGUUCUCUCAUAAAAGUAGCCUUCUUUGUCACAAAGACAUUCACUUAGGAGAGAAACCACAUCACUGUGAUAUCUGUGAUAAAUCAUUCCGCCUGAUAGGUAGCUUAACAAGACACAAAUACAUUCAUACAAGAGAGAAACCAUAUCGUUGUGAUAUCUGUGGAGUGUCAUUCACUCAGAAGACUAGUCUUACUUCUCAUAAAUACACUCACACAGGAGAGAAACCAUAUGAAUGUGAUAUUUGUGGUAAAUCAUUCUCUCAAAACCGUACCCUUAUGUAUCACAAAUCCAUUCAUACAGGAGAGAAACCAUAUCAAUGUGAUAUUUGUGGUGAGUCAUUCUCUCGGAAGACUGGCCUUGCUUAUCAUAAAUCCAUUCAUACAGGAGAGAAACCAUAUGAAUGCGAUAUUUGUGGUAAAUCCUUUUCGUUAAAAAGUUAUUUAACAACUCACAAACUUAUUCAUACUAAUGAGAAGCCAUAUCAGUGUGAUAUCUGUGGUAAAACGUUCUCUCAUAAAAGUAACCUUAGUAAUCAUACAUACACUCAUACUGGAGAGAAACUAUAUCCCUGUGACAUUUGUGGUAAAUCAUUCUCUCAAAAAAGUUGCCUUACUUAUCACAAAUACACUCAUACAGGGGAGAAACCACAUCACUGUGAUGUUUGUGGUAAAUCAUUCCCUUGUUUGAGCGCUUUAACCUCUCAUAAAUACAUUCACACAGGAGAGCAACCAUAUCAAUGUAAUAUCUGUAGCACAGCAUUCUCCCGAAAAAGUAGUUUAUCUGUGCACAAACGCACUCAUACAGGAGACAAGCCAUAUCCCUGUGACAUUUGUGGUAAAUCAUUUUUUAUCAAAGCAAGUUAACCUCUCAUAAAUACAUUCAUACAGGAGAAAAACCAUAUUCCUGUGAUAUCUG